GGCAGGAGGAGUACAAAUAACGUGCAGAUGACGGCAAACAUACUUUAUUUCCACUAAGCUGGUUGAUGUUUGACCCUCCCAUCCAAAACACAGCCAUGGCUCAAGAUCUGGACAUUGAUCACUGGGACUUGGAAUGUGAUUUAAACAACACAGACCAUUACACUGACCUCAAUGGUGUGGACCGGCUGAUAGUAAGGAGGGGGCAAGUGUUCACCAUCAGCUUAUACCUUCGCUCAGGGAGCUACCAACCAGGAAUCAGCUCACUGCAAUGCAUUGCCGAGACAGGUCCUCAACCGUCUGAGCAGUAUGGCACCCGGGCCUCGUUUGGCCUCACUCCCAAAAUUGACUCUACGCGCUGGAGUGCGGCAGUCAUUAGCCCACCAGGAGACACGGUGGCGCUGUCCCUAUGCGCUGCCCCCGAUGCACCCAUAGGACGCUACAUCCUGACCAUGGGACACUCUGCAAAGAUUGACUUCAUCCUGCUAUUUAAUCCUUGGUGUUCAGGAGAUGCUGUAUAUCUGGACAGUAAGGAGAGUUUGGAAGAAUAUGUCUUGUCCCAGGAUGGUAUCAUAUUUCGAGGCAGUGCCAAGUAUCCUAUAGCAACUCCAUGGAAUUUUGGCCAGUUUGAAAGUGGAAUCUUGGAUGUGUGUCUAAGGAUUUUGGAUAUGAAUCCUAAAUGUUUGCGCAAUCCAGGCAAAGAUUGCUCAGGCAGGAGAAAUCCCAUCUAUGUGUCCAGGGUAUUAAGUGCCAUGGUGAAUUGUAACGAUGACAAAGGGGUUUUGCUGGGAAACUGGACAACUGACUUUGAUGGUGGAGUCAGCCCAAUGUCAUGGAAGGGUAGUGUGGAGAUUCUACGUAACUGGGACACACAGGCUUGUCAGCCUGUUCGUUUCGGCCAGUGCUGGGUUUUCGCUGCUGUUGCCUGCUCAAUUUCCAGAGCACUUGGAAUACCAUGCAGGGUUGUCACGAAUUACUACUCAGCCCAUGACGUUAACAGAAACCUGGUGAUCGAACGCUACAUCAAUGAAAAUGGAGAACUCAUUCGAACAAAAGAAAUGAUCUGGAACUAUCACUGUUGGGUGGAGAGCUGGAUGACCAGACCAGACCUAACUGGUUCUGCUUAUAACGGCUGGCAAGUCAGUGACCCCACCCCUCAAGAAAAAAGUGGCGGAGUCUACUGCUGCGGGCCCAUCCCUGUUAAGGCAAUCAAGGAGGGUGAGCUCAUGUACAAGUAUGACGCUCCCUUUGUCUUUGCUGAAGUCAACGCUGACGUCAUCACCUUCAUGAAGAAAAAGGAUGGCAGCACAUCUAAAGUCAACUCUACCCAGCUGGUGGGAAAGAUGAUCAGCACCAAAGGCAUCGGAAGUGACAAAAGAGAGGACAUCACUCAUCUCUACAAGCAUCCCGAAGGCUCUGAUGAGGAGCGUGAGGUCUUCAAGAAGGCUGACCACCAAAACAAGCUACUCCAGCUAAAGGAGAAUGAAGGCUUGAAUGUUACCAUCAAAGUGUCCACCGAGAUGAAAAAGGGCUGCGACUUUGACGUGUACGCUGUGGUUACGAACAAUACACAGAGCGACAGGAAGUGCCGCCUACUCUUCGGAUCCUGUGCUGUGUCCUAUAACGGCUUUCAGGGAGGGAACUGUGGCUUUAAAGAUUUACUCAAUGUUGAGCUGUCACCUGGAGGAGCCAGGAACAUUCCCCUACGGCUCAACUAUUCAAAGUAUGGCGCACAGCUUACUGAGGACAACAUGAUCCGUCUGGCAGCUCUCCUGUUCGACUACUCCACCCAGGAUGCAACGUUAGCAGUGAGAAACAUUGUUCUGGAAAAUCCUGAAAUUAAAGUCCGGAUCCUGGGUGAACCCAAGGAGAAUCGUAAACUGGCGGCCGAGAUCACGCUAAAAAAUCCUCUGCCAGAGCCAUUAGAGGAUUGCUGCUUCAGCAUGGAGGGGGCUAACCUAACUGGAGGAAGAGUAAUCUCUGAAAGGCUAAGCUCCACGGUAGGACCUGGAGAAGACGCCAAAGUGAAAAUAUACUUCACUCCAAGCCACAGUGGCCUGAGAAAGUUGGUGGUUGAUUUUGACAGCAACAAAUUGUGUCACGUCAAGGGCUACAAAAACGUCAUCAUUGGAAAAUAAUCACAUUGUACCGGCGACAACUACUGUUCAGGAGACAAGAGGCAUAUGAGGUCUUCAGUUUAUACAACUUGUGUUUGAAUUAUACGUCAAAUAAAGCACUAUAAUUGUUUUGUUUUAUUCAGUGACAAAGUGUAAUGUGACAGAAUGUUUUAACAUGUGAUAAUAAUUUUAUAUGUACACAUAACCAUUCGAGACAUACUUUUCUUUGUUUAGUCUUCAAAUAAAUGUGAGGACAGAAAAGAUUUUUGGCAUAAUGGUUUCACAAUGCAGUUCCUGUAGUUUUUGAAUGUGUUGUAUUUUCCAUUUGCUUAAAUACUGUAUUUACCAAUUCAGAUUUUGUUUUAUGUUUUACCUUUGUGAUUCCAUGGCACUCUUGACUAACUCUGUAAAAGAUCCAUAUGAAGAAUGGUCUUGGUAAUAGAACACCAAACUAACAACACAUACCGUACUGUACAGUACAGUGAAUGAACUUCACGAACAAAUAAAUAUAUAACAAUAUGUGAAAGCACUGCCCUCUGCUGUCCACGGCUAUAAAAACGUAAUCAACGUUGUUGCUUGUCUAAGGUUUAACUAAGAAUAAAUACAGAUUUCUU